UUUUAACGUUAGCUGCUAACGCUACGGAACUUAGCAGGCAGCUAGCGGUGUCGCGUCUUUAAAAUGUGUAAGAGGUCCCAGCUAACCGUCAUAUGAAUGUGAUGUUUUAGACUUCAGCAAAGGUGUGUUGCGGAAUAUAGGCGGGUCACAUAAAUGUGCCCCUAUACUUCACCUGUGUUUGGGUCGCACGUUUAGUUCAUGGCUAGUCAUGUUAGCUAACUUGUGUGUCGUUCGACAGUGGAAUCAGAGGAGUGUCCAGCUAACCGGCUAACAGCUAGCGUAAGCUAGUUAGCUACUACACAACGCAGCUAGUUAGCUGCCUGUUCUGUCAGCUACUUUGUUCUGGCUCGCAUGCGUUUGAAUGCUGUUGUUUUUCAAGUUGUAGCAUCCUGUGCAGCUGGACCUGAAUCUUGCUGUCUAUGAUGCUUAGAGCCUGUCUCCUUGCAUCAACUCACCCCUCCUGAUUCAUUUAACAAGCCAUAUAUUACUGCUCCCAAACCAAUCCCACAUCUGUGCUUGGCAACAGUAUGAUCAUUUACGCUGACCCCACCCAGCCCACUGGGGCAAGAGUCCCCCAAAAUCAAGCUCUCCCAAUGAUAUGAUAGUAGCCACCUGGAUCACUUUCUGUGCCUGCAGGAGCCUUGCAAGGGUUCUGCUCUUCCCUUCCUCAAACUCCCUUCCUUCAUUCUGGGAGACCCUUGCCAGUGUGGUCUCCAGCACUGGAACAAUGGGUAACAGCUGUGUGUGCCGGGAGGAUAGUGACUUGGAGGACCAUCACCAUGGAUCAGCGAGGGCGCCCCGAGGACAAGCUAGGCGGGUGGAUCAUGGUACAGGUGUAGGUGCUGACGCUGGAGAGGCUCGUAGCAGUCGGCCUAGGGACCCAGUCAGACCGCCACGCCGAGGGCGAGGGCCUCAUGAGCCACGACGGAAGAAGCAGAAUGUGGAUGGCCUGGUGCUGGACACACUGGCUGUUAUCAGGACACUUGUAGACAAUGACCAAGAGCCCCCUUACUCCAUGAUCACUUUGCAUGAGAUGGCAGAGACGGAUGAUGGUUGGCUGGAGGUCGUCCAGUCCCUGAUUCGAGUGAUCCCAUUGGACGAUCCGCUUGGCCCUGCAGUGAUCACCCUUCUAUUGGAUGAGUGUCCCCUGCCCACCAAGGAUGCUCUCCAGAAACUCUCUGAUAUGUUGAGUCUGAGUUCGGCUGUAGCACAACAGGACGCUCUAAACCCUGCUAAACACAGAAACACCACAGCUGUCCUAGGAUGCCUGGCAGAGAAACUGGCUGGACCAGCCAGUAUCGGACUAUUGAGCCCUGGAACCCUUGAGUACCUUCUAGAGAGCCUGAGUUCUGAGGCCCACCCUACUGUCAUGCUGUUUGCUCUCAUCGCUUUGGAGAAGUUCUCCCAGACCAGUGAGAACAAACUGACAGUGUCCGAGUCUUGUAUCAGCAAUCGACUUGGUGUCCUGGAGUCAUGGGCGGAGCAUCCCGACUACCUGAAGAGGCAGGUUGGAUUCUGUUCACAGUGGAGCCUUGACAACCUGUUUCUUAAGGAGGGUCGUCAGUUCACCUACGAGAAGGUCAACCUCACUAAUAUCAACGCCAUGCUCAACAGCAACGAUGUCAGCGAGUACCUCAAGAUUUCCCCCACUGGACUAGAGGCACGAUGUGAUGCCUCGUCCUUUGAGAGCGUGCGUUGUACUUUCUGCGUGGAUUCAGGCGUUUGGUACUACGAGGUGACCGUCAUUACAUCAGGCGUGAUGCAAAUCGGAUGGGCCACCAAGGACAGCAAGUUCCUCAACCAUGAGGGUUAUGGAAUAGGAGAUGAUGAAUAUUCAUGUGCCUAUGAUGGCUGCAGGCAGCUCAUCUGGUACAACGCUCGCAGUAAACCUCACUCUCACCCCUGCUGGAAAGAGGGAGAUGCCAUUGGCUUCCUGUUGGACCUCAGUAAGAAGCAGAUGAUCUUCUAUCUGAAUGGACAUCAGCUGCCACCAGAGAAACAGGUCUUCUCAUCAGCCACGUCGGGUUUCUUCGCUGCUGCCAGCUUUAUGUCAUACCAGCAGUGUGAGUUUAACUUUGGGGCCAAGCCUUUCCGUCACCCACCCUCUGUCAAGUUCAGCACCUUCAAUGACUUUGCUUCACUGAUGCCCAGUGAAAAGAUCAUCCUACCCAGACACCGGCGUCUGGCCUUACUAAAGCAGGUUAGCAUCCGAGACAACUGCUGCACGCUGUGUUGUGACGUCAUGGCUGACACGGAGCUGCGGCCCUGUGGACAUGGUGGUAUGUGUAUGGAGUGUGCCUUACAGUUAGAGACGUGCCCCCUGUGCCGCCAGGACAUCCAGACCCGAGUCAGACUCAUUGCACAUGUCUCCUGACACACUUCCUGCCCCUCCUCUAGUAAGGAGAGACACACAAGCCCUACAGCCUCCUCCUCCUCCUCUAAUCCCCUCUCACCCAGCAGGGCUGUGAGGGCGGUGCCACAAAGCUGUGAUGAUGCCAGGACUGUAAGUUCUGGUCAGAAGAGGCGACGAUGGAGAGGUGGAGGGAAGAAAGAGAGGAAAUGAGAGGAGGGGAAUCAAACCACAGCUUGAUCCCAAGGAGCAUUCCCUCAUUUACCUAUAUCUUCUCUUUUGUAUCCUUCUGACAACUCACUGCAGAAGCUGGGCCAAGAAUCAUCAACUUUCUACAGACAGUGUGUUUUUCAGACAAAAAGAGCAGACGUGAGGAGCAGAAAAAAUGUUACCAGAUUACCGACAGCACCAGCUUCUUAUCUGCAAGCCCCUGCAUAGAGUUAUCAGACAUCCUUUCAGAUACAAGGAUCCCACUGCGCUUUCAGAGGCCCAGAGGCUUCUACUAUUUAAUCCCAUCACUGUCAUGCACAUGUCUGCAGAUCUGAAAGGGCUGGGUAGCUGAAAAGGACACAGCUUGUAGUACAGUAUUAAACUUAAGGUACAGAAUAAUUUGAGAUGUAUCACACUGUCAUGUUUUCGGGUAUAGAUAUACAAUUUGUUGUUCUCGAGGUAGCAUUUUCAUUCUCUUUUCUCAAGGUUGUACCAAAACCUAUCCAUUGAUCAGCUUCACUGUCUGUACUGAUUGAUCGCCCAGUGGUAGGGUUUCCCAGUUAGAAAAAGAUGCCAGAGUUUGCGCCCGGUGUCAGAGAACUUAAAAGUUACAGGAUUACUCCUAGAGUUCAGUUCUGUGAUUCAAUUUACAAAAGAUGCUAAACAUUAAAUCAGAUGUCAUACAAGAGAGAAAGUUAAUGACAAUGCUUGUUUUACAACUAGUAAGAAAAUGACAUACUUGAAUCUUUAUUAGGACUUACCUGAUCUUCAGCAUGGCUGACCCUGCUGCUUUUUGUGCUGUAUUGUCUUUGCUCAGAUGUUGAUCUUUCCUCAAGUCUCAGUCAUGUAUGUCACAACUACAACAAAUAAAUACACAGGGAUUCAAAUUUACAUAAAGUUAUAUUAGUGCUUAUGGUUGCAGAGCCAGUGAGGGGGAAGUACACAACUCAGUUUUCACCACCACCCUCUUGACUCUGUUUUGGAUUGCUUGAUUGCAGCUGUAUAACUAAGUCUUAAUUUUUGUUUGUGAUUACAAACACAUGCGUCUGUAUUAAGAUGCCUAUUUUCAAUCCAGAAGAUGUGAUAUAAUUAUGCAUUUUAAAUGAUGGUGAACACUGAUGUAGAAAAUUGGCUGAGAAGUACAACAGCUUUUGUUGAUUGACAUUGUUUUAUCAGCAGAUCAGUAAAUCCUUAAAAACAUAUGCAAAAUGUUUACGUGAAUUGUCUUUCCUCAGUAUCAGUUUACUAAAUAUCCUAGGGUGUCUGUUAAGAUGAUGUCAUUUUGGGUCUGAUUUGGCAGUGAAAUACUUAAUCCAAAUAAGCAAAGAAACUACCCACAGCACAGUGACAUGACCUAAACUGUUUGGGCUUCAGCACAGAAAAAAGAGGGUUUAUGUUUCAUUUGCUAAAAAUCACAUUAUUCUUGGUGAGAUUUAUUGCAUACAGUAUUGACCCUGUCAAAACAGAUUGAAGUUGUAUCUCCCAGAUGACUGGUUCAGACUGAGAAACGUUUCCCUUUGUGCUUUAUAUAACAGCACAUCUCUGUUCUCUCAAGUUGCCAUUUCUCCAUCUCUCCCUACGUCUUCAACCUUGUGUUUUCCACCUGUCUUUCUGUCUAUCCUUUACUUGAAGCAUCUCUGGGUUGACUGAAUGAUAUUUGUCUUUUGGAAACAGGUGACAAAAUGAAUUUAUGAGAGAUUGAGAUUCAAGAAAAAUUCUAUUUGUACAAUUUAAAAAAAACAACAAAAAAAACAACAAAAAAAUCUUCAAAUUAAAACACUGAAUAAUUUUGAUUUCUCUUGGUCAAAUAGUUUAUGAAAGAGUUCUUACUCCACCAGAUUGCAUGAACAAGAUCUGUAAAAUCGUUCAGACUAUACUGGAAUAAUUUAUUAAAGAUAACAUGCAUCUCUCACUACGACAAAUGACUGGUCUGUUUCCGAUUUGCUACCUUGUAUUUCCUGGAGCACCUUAUACAUUUAGGUGAGAGAAAUUAUAUGGUUGUCUCCACGGUUGGAGAUGAACUUCACGAUUGUAAAGAAUAAGUUGUGAGCUGUAUUUAAAACAUCUAUAAAGGAAUUUUGCCCCAGAGUUCCCAAAGAUGUGAUUUAUUGAAGAAUUGUUGUUUCCUGGAUUGUGAUAUUUGUAAUAAAUGUAUGGUCAUGUGAUUUUUUUUUUGUAUGACUGAAUUCUGCUUAUUUACAUCUCAAAUAUCCUUUUA